GCACCCAUCAUUAAUAACAAGCACACCAUGUUUUGUUGUCCUGACUAGCUUCAUUAAAAAACAACGUUGUCUAGUUCUAACCAUGUCUGCGACUCGAAACAGAACUCACGAGAGCUCAGAUGUAUUGUCAACGAGAUCACUCAGUGAAAUAUCAGAGGUUGAAACAGUUCGUUUAAGUGUUGAUCUUGUGUCAGCUUCAAGAAAAAAUCUUGGGUUGUUGAGAACUGUUAGCGAGUCUCCCUGGCUUCAUGAGAGAGCUACUAUUCUUGAAGCUAUAAGAAGGUAUGAUGAGCUUUGGAUGCCGUUGAUUUCUGAUCUGAUGGAGGGGUCUUCACCUCCUAUGGUUCUUCCUCCUCUCGAUGUUGAAUGGGUUUGGUUUUGUCACACCUUGAAUCCGGUGAGUUACAGGAAAUACUGUGAGAAAAGGUUCUCAAAACUGAUUGGAAAACCAGCAAUUUUUUAUAAAGAGAACGAAGAGUAUUCAUUGAUGAGAUGUGAAGAGCUUUGGAUGAAAAGAUAUCCAAAUGAGUCUUUUGAGAAUGAAGUUGAUAUUACUUCAUCAAAUUUGCAAGACCUUCAUGUUGCUCAAGAUCACGAGGAUCUACUGAAUGAAGUUGAGAAGCAAAGACAUGUUUAUAGCAAAUUUUCAUGGCCAUACAUGAGUGAGAUUGUUUACUUGAUAGCAGCAAGGCAAAGAUACAAAGGAUUCUUGUAUGUGUUGCAGAGAUUUGCAGAUGAUUGCUCAUCAAGAUUAUUGCCUAGCUUGGAUAUUUUGCUCAUGUGGGUGACACAUCAGAGUUAUCCAACAGUAUAUGCAGAGGAUUUGAAAGAGAUGGAGGGUGAUAUGGGGAAGAUAGUGGGCUUAUGGGAGACUGUAAGAAGUAAAGAGGUGGAAGAGACAAAGAAGCUAUGGGAAAGAGCCUUUGACCAGCCUUAUGUGAAAGCUGGUGGAGCCAUAGAAUUUGGCGGGGUUGCUUCAAUAGUCAAGCCACCAGUGUAUUGGGAGGUCUCUGAUACAGAUGUCAACACCAAAUACAAGUCCCUGCUGCCUAGGUUCCUACUGGAGCUAGCGCAAUGGAAGUCUCCUGAAACAUGCCUGGAUGAUUUAGUCAAAGUGGUUCGGCUCAUAGAAUGCUUGAAGCUCAGAAACGAUAUGAAAGUAUUAAAGGUAUGUGUUUUCGUGAGGCUCAAUUCUAGGAUGAAGCCAGUGCAACAGGAAAGACAACAUAAUUUUCUUCGUCUGCAAUUAGUAAGAUGUCACAGGGAGCUGAAGAUUGAUAAACCAAUUUCCAGCUUCUCCUCGGAUACAUGGAAAAAAGUUACACAUCUCUACUGUGAGUUUGGAACCAGAGGACUAAUGCUUGAGGUUCGGAAACAUGGAGGUGGCUGUUUUAAAACAAGUAAAUUGGAAGAUUCUAAGACAUUUCUUUGGAAUGAUUUGUUAAGAGCACCCUCUCUUACGCUGGAAACACAUUUAGAUGAUAAACAAGCGAGGGCUGUUGCUUCAAUAACCCCACCAGCCCAAGCACCAUACUUGCUGAAAUGUGUACCAGACAAAGUCACAGACGAUUCAGGGGCCAUGGUCUCGGAUGUGAUUCUGAGAAUGAACAAUUAUAAGCCUCAAGAAGGUCGGUGGUUGUCUCGCACCGUCCUUGAUCAUGCAGGGAGGGAGUGUUUUGUUGUCCGAAUGAGAGUGGCAGGAGGGUUUUGGAGGAGAGGAGAUGAAACCCCAUCAGCAGUCAAAUGGGAGGAUAGGAUUAUAGAGAUACGCGAAGGUUCUUGGUCUUAUGUUGCUGGUUCGAUUGGUAGAGCACCUGAGAAAAUAGUAGGAACCGCAACACCAAGAGAACCUCCAGAACAUUGGCAAGCAGCAUGGUGUUUUUCAACAGGAGAUGAAUUGCUGAUAAGUUGGGAAUCAUCAGCAUCAAUGUCUGACCUGAAUUUUUGUUUGAGAAACCAAAAAUCUUCUGACUCAUUGGUGAAGUUGUUGAAGGGUAAGAAAAUGCAAUAUCGAGCCAGGAAAAUUAGUUCAAAGAGCAAAGAGCAUGAAAAGCGAGAAAAUACAGAAGAAACUGACGAGGAAGACGAAGACGAGGAAGGGUUUCUGACUCUUGUUCGGUUCACAGAAGAUAAUCCAAUAGGAAGGCCAACAGCUCUUCUAAAUUGGAAGUUAUUGAUAGUUGAACUAUUGCCUGAAGAAGAUGCAGUUUUUGUACUACUUCUAUGCAUUUCAAUACUUCGAAGUAUAUCAGAAAUGAGAAAGGAAGACGUUGGAAGCUUGCUUAUUAGGAGAAGAUUAAAAGAAGCAAAACUUGGUGCUAGAGAUUGGGGUUCUGUGAUCCUUCAUCCUUCCUCAUUUUCAUCUACCAUUUCUUCACCUUACCUUCAACCUUGGUACUGGAAUGCAAAAUCAGUGAUCGCACCUGAUGGAGGAGAUAAUGUAACUAAGCAACCGGCUGUGAGUCAUUCACCAGUUGAAGGUGGUGAUAAGCUGUACAAAAAAGGGAUUAUGGCAUGAAAGGAGUUAGAUGACCAAUAACAUUUCUGAUCAGUCUUUUUGUUUACAGAAAUGAAGAGAGCACACAAGACUUGCUAAAAUUCCCCAUAUGCUCUGCAGACUUGUGUAAAGUUUUUAUCCUUGGCAAUCCCAUUUGCUAACAAGGACGGACUCCAUUUGGAGUCCUCCAGGCAUAGCAUGUCCAUAAGGCCUAGGGAAGGCUUCUUGCGCACAACCUCGUAUUUCUGGCCAUAUGGCUAUCAGCUGAACACGAUGUUUCUGUCAUCUGAACUUCCCUUGUGAUUUUUGUGAGCAAUAUUUCAAUUUUCGAAACAAUCUCAAGUCAUUUUUUUUUCUCA